AUGCCUGGCAGCUUAGAAGAACAAUAUAUUAGACUUGAAGUCGUCACCGGAAAGAAUCUUCAAGUCCCUUCUCAGCGCAUACCUGCAGGCAUUUAUAUAUCCAUCAAUAUCGACUUGAGGAGACGCUGGAAAACAGCCAUCAAAGUCGUAUCAUCCCACAAAUAUGUAGUGUGGGGCGAUAUUAUGACCCUAUCAUCAUAUGCCUCACCUGCAUUCUCAGUCGAGAUCAGGGCGUCCUAUGAGGCCGGUCGAAUGCUAGGCAGUGGGGAAGUCAUCGGGGAACUUCAAACAUCAUGGGAUGAGCUACUUGAUCAUGGAGAUGAAUCAUUCGAACUGUCCUUCCCACCCGUGCGUGGUAUCCAUCCUUCCCUCGCACUGAAGGCCGCUGUUGUACAUGCUUGCGACGAUCAGGACGGCGCACUGUUUCAUUCUCUUGUGGGCUGUGGCGGUGCUCGAGACACAGAUGCGGGCCACGCACAAUCUGCCGAAUACAUGACAAGCAAGACGGUCUCUCACUUGAACGACGCUGUGCAGCAUUUUCAGUUAGUUCUGGACCAGUGUCUGGUCGACCAUUUUAAUCACGCAGCAGCUCUCACCAAUCUUGCGUGUGCCCGCCUUGAAGGCUGUAUUCAAAAGGAUAUUCAAGACGCUGAUACCACCACUUCCCUCUUCCGCAAAACCAUUGCAUUGCGUCCACAGGGUCACCCAGAUCACACGUUAUCCCUCUAUAAUCUUAUCAGAGCAUUGAACUGGCACUACAGCAAGGAGCCUACCGCUGCCUACAUUCACGAAUCCGCGCAGCUGUGCUGUAAGCUACUACCCCUCUGUCCAAAGGGCACCUACCUCCGUAGCGUCGGUGUAGACAGUGCGGUCGAUUAUGUGAUCGGUAAAUGCAACAAUCUUCCAAUAGACACAUCUAAUGAAGGCAUCCACCUUCGACGAAACGUGCUCGAGCUCUGUCCUAUGAGAGCAUACAAUUUCGUCGUGAAGCUGUGUCUCUGCCCCGAGGGACAUCCUGACCGCGAUACCUACUUGAACAACUUGGCCAUCUCACUCGAGCACCGCUUCAGUCACCAAGGCAAACCUAAUGGCCUCGAUGAGGCGAUCUCUUUGCAUGAAGAAGUGCUACGCCUCCGGCCUGUUGGGCACAGAUAUCGUCGUUUCUCAUUGGGCAACCUAGGGGGCGCCCUCGUCACCUGUUUCAACAGACGUGGUGACAUUGAUGUCAUUACCCGAGCAAUUAACCUCUAUCACGAUGUGUUGACCCUACACCUACCUAGGCAUCUACGUCAUGGCACUACACUUAAUAACCUUGCCCUCGCACCCAAAACCAGAUAUGACAAGUUGCAUGUUAGCGAAGAUCUUAACGAGGCCAUUGAUCUGUUUCGUGAAUCCCUCCAGUUAAUACCGCUGGACGACCCGGAGCGCCAUGGAAAUCUUUUCAAUUUGAGCUCGGCGCUCUGUUCUCGUUUCACGCACACUCAGGAGGAUGAAGAUAUCAAGGAGAUCAUCAAUCUCUGCCAAGAAUCAUUGGCGGCUCUGUCUUCGCUGUACCCAGACAGGUAUUUCAUCUACAUGCGGCUGCAGGAAAUAUAUUUGUCUCGUUACCGGAUUCUCCACGACCCUGUUGAUUUAUUACUCGCUGUAGAGAACUUCAGGCUCGCAUCAAGACAUCCUACUCAAGGAUUUCCUUGGCGUAUCAGCGAGGCUAUUGACUGGGCUCGCCAAGCCGAAGUCUAUCAUCAUGAAUCUGCCCUCGAAGCAUACCAAAUGUGCUUUGAGCUUUUCGACAGCCAUGUGAUGACGCGGUCGUCGAUUAUCUCACGGCACGAGGCUGCAAGCACCUUUCGCGGUGCACAAUCACUUCCUGUAUAUGCAGCCUCAUGUCCCAUACGUAGUGGCAAUCCACAUCGGGCAGUUGAACUUGUGGAGCAGGGCCGUGGCCAGCAGUGGCCGCUGGCCUCUCGACUCAGGACUCCGCUGGAAGAAGCAGGAAUCUUCACAAACGAAGGGCAAUUCCCCGGGAACAACGUGUACCGGAUAGCAUAG